AUGGGCUGUGUGGCAGGGAAACCAGGAGACCAGAAGGGGCUAGAGACCACGGGGGGCCAGAGGGCACUGGAAACCAUAGCGGAGCAGAGGGUAGAGCCGGCGAUGGAUCCAGACAGCAUGGUGAAUCAGGAGACAAAGGCUGAGCCGGUGGUGGGUUUAGUGUGGCAUGGCUUGACGAGACAGAGCAUGGAGCAUGGCCUGGCGAAACAAGGUGUGGAGCAGGAGACCAGGGCGGAUCAGGAGACCAAGGCUGAGCCAGUGGUGGGCUUGGUGUGGCAUGGCCUGGCGAGACAGGGUCUGGAGCAGGAGACCAGUUUGGAGCCAGAGGCCAGAGAAGUGGCUCCAGGAAUUGAGCGGGUCUGGCGGUUCGGGUGGCAGCUCCAGGAAGGGAGCAGGUGGGCUCCUCUUCCCGCAGUGCCUGUACUGGCAGCCAAAUGCCAGUACAGGCACAAGACUGAAGGACAGCUCAACACCACCGACUCUAGAAGAAACUUGGCCACAUCCAGAGCUCGAGUGACUGCAGCAUCCAGAUCUCUGCCUCCACAACUGAACAGCGGCAGAAAUAAGUCUCCUAAAUACCUGUUAAAGGUGGACACCAUGGAAAUGAUGCGUCACCCAGAGGAAACCACUAACAUGAGGAGACAGACUGUGGCGUCGUACUUCAGAUACUCUCUCAUGGACCUGCUGUCAAAGAUGGUUGUUGGUACUCCUCAUUUCGUUCGCUGUAUCAAACCCAACGAUGACCGUCAGGCUCUGCGCUUCAGUAAAGAGCGUGUGAUGGUGCAGCUGCGGUACACUGGAAUCCUGGAGACUGUCAACAUCCGGCGACAGGGCUACUCUCACCGCAUUCUCAUUAACGAGUUUGUUCACAGGUAUUACUAUCUGGCCUUUCGUGCUCAUCAGAUGCCAGAAGGCAGUAGAGAGAAUGCCAUCUUUAUACUGCAGAGAGCCAAACUCGACAACUGGGUUCUAGGCCAGACCAAGGUGUUUUUAAAGUACUAUCACGUGGAGCAGCUCAAUCUGAUGUUGCGAGAUGUGAUCGCGUGGGUUGUGUUAAUGCAGGCCUACAUCAAGGGCUGGUUGGGAGCUCGACGCUACCGCAGAGAGAGAGAGAAACGACACAAAGGGGCAAUUGUCAUACAGUCAGCUUGGAGGGGUUACGUGGUCCGUCAGAAUCUGAAGCUGACAAAGAGAGAGCGCAAGCAGGCCGCUGUGCAGAUUCAGUCAGCAUACAGAGGGUAUAGGGUCAGGAAAGACUACAAACAGAGUCGACAAUGGAAUGGACAAGGCACAUCAGAAAGAAGCUCUACCAAUCAGAUCCUGGAGGAGAAGGUUGGACAUAAAGACACAGUCAGUACAGACAACAGGUCCAGUGACGUGCCUGUGCUGAAAACAGACAGACAGAAUGGCAGAAAAGAGAGAGACAGGCCUGCACUGAGCAAACAAGGUAAAAAAAACUCACACUCGCCAUAA